AUGGGGAAAAAGUUGGUUUGUGAGCUUCAAGCAGGCGAUCACAUCUACUGCAAAAGAAGGGGAGGCCUCUAUGAUCACCAUGGAAUCUAUGUGGGUGACAAUAUGGUGAUUCAUCUGGCUGGAAAGGCAAAGAAGAUUCAACCGUAUACAUGCAAGGAAUGCAUAAACAAGGGGGUUAUCAAUGGCGAAAUAGCAAAAAUCUGCAUUUAUUGCUUCCUUGCUGGCAAAAAGCUUAAGGUCUAUGAGUAUGGCGUUUCCUAUUUCAAACACAAAUUCAAGAAGAACGAACGGUACGUGCUGCAUACGCGCCGCCAGGCCACCACACGAAGUCCUCGCCUCCGCCGCCCAUUUGCUCGAACACGGCGGCUUUGGCAGCUACAACCUCUUAUCGAACAACUGCGAGGACUUCGCCGUGCAUUGCAAGACGGGCUUUGCCUUAAGUAAACAGAUCAUGGGC